AUUAAAGAGACCGGCAUCUCUUUGACUCGACAGUAUUUUGCAGUAAACCCUAGAUCGCCCGCCCACAAACCUUAAACCUCUGAACAGCCCCACGCCACGCUCGCUCUCUCUCCAAGGUCUCUUCAGUUACUAGAUCUUGGUUUUGUCUGUUAAGCGAAAAGAAAAUCCUCGAAAGCUAUGGCUCUGGUCUUGCAUGCUGGAAACACCAAUAAAAAUGCUUUCAAAGCGCUUAUUGCAGCAGAGUACUCUGGAGUCAAAGUUGAAUUGGUCAAGAAUUUUGAGAUGGGUGUGUCAAAUAAAACCCCUGAAUUUCUUAAGAUGAACCCCAUUGGAAAGGUUCCAGUGUUGGAAACACCUGAUGGAACUGUUUUUGAGAGUAAUGCCAUUGCACGUUAUGUUGCCCGCUUAAAGGCUGAAAAUCCACUCUUGGGCUCUUCAUUGAUUGAUUAUGCUCAUAUCGAGCAAUGGAUUGAUUUUGCAUCAUUGGAGAUUGAUGCUAAUAUCUUGCGUUGGUUCAUUCCACGAAUUGGUUUUGCUGUGUACCUUCCUCCGGCUGAGGAAGCUGCAAUUUCAUCAUUGAAGAGAGCACUAGCUGCUUUGAAUGUGCAUCUUGCUUCCAACACUUUCUUGGUUGGACAUUCCGUAACAUUGGCUGAUAUCAUUAUGACAUGCAACUUGACUUUGGGAUUUAGCCGGAUCAUGACCAAGAGCUUUACCUCAGAAUUCCCUCAUGUUGAGAGAUACUUCUGGACUAUGGUUAAUAUACCAAAUUUCCACAAGAUAUUGGGAGACAUAAAGCAAGCUGAAUCUGUGCCUCCUGUUCAGUCAGCGAAGAAGCCUUCACAGCCAAAAGAACCUGCAAAACCCAAGCCUCAAGAACCUAAAAGGGAAGCUAAAAAAGAACCAGCAAAGCCUAAAGUAGAGGAGGCUGGUGAAGAAGAGGCACCCAAGCCCAAGGCAAAGAAUCCACUUGAUCUUUUGCCUCCUAGUAAGAUGAUUUUGGAUGAGUGGAAGAGGCUUUACUCAAACACAAAAACGAACUUCCGUGAGGUUGCUAUUAAAGGAUUUUGGGACAUGUAUGACCCCGAGGGCUACUCUCUUUGGUUUUGUGAUUACAAGUACAAUGAUGAGAAUACUGUCUCAUUUGUGACAUUGAACAAAGUGGGUGGUUUUCUGCAACGAAUGGACUUGGCUCGUAAAUAUGCUUUCGGGAAGAUGCUGGUGAUAGGUUCGUCACCACCCUUCAAGGUGAAGGGUCUAUGGCUAUUCCGUGGACAGGAAAUUCCUCAGUUUGUAAUUGAUGAGUGUUACGAUAUGGAGUUGUAUGAGUGGAAGAAGGUAGACAUCACCGUCGAAGCUCAAAAGGAGCGAGUAAAUCAGAUGAUUGAAGAUCAAGAACCUUUUGAGGGAGAGGCUUUACUAGAUGCCAAGUGCUUCAAGUGAUCUAUAUAUGAACAGAGAAGUAGAUGAAACGUUGUGUUCACAAACUUUUCUUUAUUUUGUGUUUUAAACAGCUUUGGCCUGCGCUUGCCUUACCCUAAUUUUGUUCUCUUAUUAUUUAAAUUGGAAUAUAUGUUCAAACUUUUAAGUUAAUUAACAUUGUAUUUUGUGUUUACAUUUUGAGUUGAGUUAAUGAUUUUGGGCUUACA